GCGCGACCGGCGGUUAUGGCUCCCGGCGCGGCCCGGCGGCCGCGGCGGCCCCGGCGCCGAGUCCGGGGCGCACCGCCGGCUGGGGCGCAGGCCCGCUCGGCCGAGGACUGGUGGUGGGAUCGGCUGGCGCCGAGCGGCUCCGGGUAUCACCUGCUGCAGUCGGACAGCAUGCUGCUGGUGCUGCCCGGCUUGGGGCCCGCCCGCGUCCGCGCGCACAGGCGCGCCGCCCGCCGCACUCAGCGGCUGCGGCCCCCCGGGUCCCGUGCCACGGCGGCCAAGGCCAGGCCCAGAUCCGCACCUGCUCCCGCGCCCGCGCCCGCGCCCGCAUCCACGCCGCAGCAAGGGCCCGACCCGGGCUGGGGCGACCGCAUCCCUUUGGAAAUCCUGCUGCAGAUUUUCGGGUUGCUGGUGGCGACCGAUGGGCCCAUGCCCUUCCUUGGCAGGGCUGCGCGCGUGUGCCGCCGCUGGCACGAGGCCGCCUCCCAGCCUGCUCUCUGGCGCACGGUCACCCUGUCGCCGCCACUGGCUGGCCGCCCCACCAAAGAUGGGGCCAAGGCUGAGAAGAAGCUCCUCACUUCCCUGGAGUGGUUUAUGCCCAAUCGGUUCUCGCAGCUCCAGAGGCUGACCCUCAUCCACUGGAAGUCCCAGGUACAUGCUGUGCUGAAGCUUGUAAGCGAGUCCUGUCCUCGGCUCACCUUCCUCAAGCUUUCCGACUGCCACGGUGUGACCCCGAACACGCUGGUCAUGCUGGCCAGAGCCUGCCCCCAGCUCCACAGCCUGGACGUACAGCAUUCCACGGUGGAGUCCACGGCUGUGGUGAGCUUCUUGGAGGAGGUCGGGCCCCGAAUGCGCAAGCUGUGGCUGACCUACAGCUCCCAGACAACAGCCAUCUUGGCCGCACUGCUGAGCGGCUGCUGCCCCCAGCUCCAGCUCCUGGAGGUGAGCGCGGGCAUCCACCGGAACAGCACCCCGCUCCAGCUGCCAGUGGAGGCCCUGCAGAGAGGCUGCCCCGAGCUGCAGGUGCUGCGGCUGCUGAACCUGGUGUGGCUGCCCAAGCCUUCUGGGCGGGCGGCGGCCCCCGGCCCGGGCUUCCCCAGCCUCGAGGAGCUCUGCCUCGCCGGUUCCGCCUGCAACUUUGUGAGCAACGAGGCCUUGGGACGCCUGCUCCACGGCUCCCCUGGCCUGCGCCUUCUGGACCUCCGGGGCUGUGCCCGAGUCACACCCGCUGGCCUGCAUGACCUGCCGUGUCAGGAGCUGGAGCAGCUGCAUCUGGGCCUGUACGGCACGUCAGACCGGCCGACUCUAGCCAAGGAGGGCAGCCCCCUGCUGACCCAGAAGUGGGCCCGCACGCUGCGGGAACUGGACUUGAGCGGCCAGGGCUUUGGCGAGAAGGACUUGGAGCAGGCCCUCGCUGCCUUCUCGGGCGCCCCUGGGGGCUCGCAGCCAGCCCUCUGCUCCCUCAACCUCAGGGGCACGCGGGUCACACCAAGCACGGUCAGCUCCGUGAUCAGCAGCUGCCCGGGCCUGCUGCGCCUCAACCUGGAGUCCUGCCGCUGCCUUCCCCGGGGCCUGAAGCGGGCCUACCGGGGCCCCGAGGACGUCCAGUGGUGCCUGGAGCAGCUGCUCACCAGCCCCCCCUCCCCCCGCUAG